AUGGCUUUCAAGGUUGCAAUUAACGGUUUCGGAAGAAUCGGAAGAUUGGUUCUCAGAAUCGCUGUCGAGAGAAAGGAUCUCGACAUCGUUGCUGUCAACGACCCAUUCAUCGGUGCUGAGUACGCUGCUUACAUGUUCAAGUACGACUCCACCCACGGUAGAUUCAACGGUACUGUGACUGGUGAGGGUGACAAGCUCGUCAUCAACGGUCAUGCUAUCACUGUUUACCAGGAGAGAGACCCAGCAAACCUUCCAUGGGGUAAGAUCGGCGUUGAUUACGUUAUCGAUGCUACCGGUAUCUUCAAGACCAAGGCUCUUGCUCAGAAGCACCUUGACGCUGGUGCCAAGAAGGUUCUUAUCACCGCUCCAUCCAAGGACGCUCCAAUGUUCGUCAUGGGUGUCAACGCUGACAAGUACACUCCAGACAUCAAGAUUCUUUCUAACGCUUCUUGCACAACCAACGGUUUGGCUCCAAUCGCUAAGAUUCUUAACGACAACUUCGGAAUUGACGCUGGUUUGAUGACCACUGUCCACUCCAUCACCGCCACCCAGAAGACCGUCGAUGGUCCAUCCCACAAGGACUGGAGAGGAGGUAGAACUGCUUCUGGUAACAUCAUCCCAUCUUCUACUGGUGCUGCCAAGGCUGUUGGUAAGGUUUUGCCAGCUUUGAACGGUAAGUUGACCGGUCUCGCUUUCAGAGUCCCAACCACCGAUGUCUCUGUUGUUGACUUGACUGUUAACUUGCAGAAGCCAACCACCUACGAGGAGAUCUGCGCUGCCGUCAAGAAGGCUUCUGAGGGUGCUUACAAGGGAAUUGUUGGUUACACUGACGAGGCUGUCGUUUCUUCUGACUUUAUCACCGACACCCACUCUACCAUCUUCGAUGCUAAGGCCGGUAUCCAGUUGACUCCAACUUUCGUUAAGAUCAUCACCUGGUACGAUAACGAGUACGGUUACUCCACAAGAGUUGUUGACUUGUUGGAGCACGUCGCCAACGCUUCUGCUUAA